AGAAACAAUAAGUAGGCACUUUAAUAACGUGUUGAAGGCGGUUAAGUCACUAUCACGUGAGUUUCUUCAGAUGCCAUCUCUCACGACUCCAAUAGAGAUCCUGAAAAGUAAUAGAUUCUACCCAUACUUUGAGGACUGCAUCGGAGUUAUAGAUGGCAUGCAUAUUCCAGCACAUGUUCCAGCGAAGGAUCAGUGUAGGUUUCGCAACCGAAAAGGUGUUUUAUCACAAAAUGUGUUAGUAGCCUGCACAUUUGAUCUCCAGUUCAUAUUUGUGUAUCCUGGGUGGGAAGGCUCAGCUGCAGAUUCACGUGUGUUGAGGGCUGUUCUCAGUGACCCUGAUCAGAACUUCCCUCAAGUCCCAGAAGGUAAAUAUUACCUUGUUGAUCUGGGUUAUGAUAAUAUGAACGGAUUUAUUGCACCAUAUGAAGGAGUGCGGUAUCACCUCCAUGAAUAUCGAGGUGCUAAUCUUUUACCUAGGAAUGCGAAGGAACUGUUUAAUCACCGCCACUCGUCUUUAACCAAUGUCAUCAGGAGGUCUUUUAAUAUUCUGAAAGAAAGAUUUCCAAUCCUGAAACUUGCUCCUCAAUAUGCUUUCCACACACAGAGGGAUAUUGUUAUAGCUGCAUGCGUAAUACACAAUCACAUCCGACGCGAGGAGAAAAAUGAUUGGUUGUUUAGUAGCAUUGAAGGUGGGAUGACUGAGGAGUCAUGUGGUCUUGAUGAACAGCCUGAUCUACAAUCACCUUUCUCAAUUCAUGAACAUAUGGCCACAUCACGAAGAGACUCAAUUGCUGCAGCUAUGUGGAAUGAUUUUAUGAAUAAGUGGGAUGAAUGGUAAUUAGCAGCAGUUUACGUAUUGAAUACUGACAUCUAGUCUAGUUGCAGGGUUAUGUUGGAAAUGAGUGGACAAGCAUGCGCUCCUUGCUUUUCCGGUGUUAUAUUGUAUAAGUUGGAUUUCACUUUUUGGUGGCACUUGCUGUCUUUAUAGCAGCUAUUUCACCAAUAAAGUGCAUGACUAUUGUUUUGCAGUUGGUUACAAAUAUUAAUCAAACUACAAGAGAGCUAUGUUUUGAGAAUUCAUAUUCAGAUACUAAAUGGAGCCUAAUGGUUCUUCACCCCUCUUUUCCUCUGUUCUUUUUUUCUUUUCCUAAUUUUCUUUCCAAGAAUUGUUUUUACUAUUCUUUCGUAGAACCUUGUUUGAGCUCUCUUCUUAGUCUUUUGGGUCAUCAAGCUGGCAUGAAUGUAUUGACUCCAAGGGCAAUUGAAGUUCUGAGCAAACUGUGGUCCCUUUCCAAUAAAAUGAGGCACUUGGAUUAUCAAAUGGCCGCCUGGUUGAACUAUGCAGAAACUAGGAAUGCGAAGUCAUGGUGGGUUGGGGAGGGGCUCUAUUCGACUUGGCCCAUUAUCUUCUGUAUCUAGAAAACAUGCUGGCAGAUGGUAUACUAAAACCCAAUCAUCUAACCGAAGUCUCGAAACUGACUAUGUUGCAGCACCUCCAGUAAUUCCCCCUCCUCUAAAGAAUGGAUGGGAUUGUCUACCAGGGCCUCUUCAACUCAGUUGUCAGGAGUAGCAUGGGCCAUAAUGAAAAUGGCCAAAGAGCCCUCUCAAUCGUCAUGCUUCUUAAGGUGAAGUUGAUGAGGAGUCUGAUGGUAUUGGUAACACUAAUGACAGCUUCUAAUUGAUGUUCUCGAUUCAGAUGGAAGCCAGAAAAGCCAUGAGAUCUGGAAGAACAGGUGGUUUAAGGAACUUUUUCAAUGUCAAGAUAGUUAGACAGUGAGCCUAUAAAUGAGCCCGAGAGACAGUGGCUUUGCCUGGCACGUGCAGGAGGUCCUGGAGCAAUUGAUUUGUAUUGCGGCUUGCAGCCCCUUAUUACACAUGCAAGGCUAAAGGAUCCAAAAGGGUGAAGCUCCACAGAGAGCUUGCCGAACUUUUAGAUGAGGAACUUCGCAGGAGGGGACGUCAGCAGUGACUGCUGGUAAAAUGCUUUUCCAAAUGAAAAGGUCUGGAAGAAAGAGCUGACGAAGAAAUAGUAUGGGCACCUGAGGUUGUAAUCAUGAAUACCAGGCAUUGGAAACAAUGAAUAAGAAAUAUCAUUUUACAGUGGAUUGGCAUGGAAAUCAAGAGCUUCUUAAGUAUUUCGAUGCAUAUUCUGCCAUCAAAGCCUGACAUUCAUAUGGACUGCAGGGGCACCGGGGCAUGAGUGCCUUGAUAUUUGACGCUUCAGCUGUGGGAUAUGCAGAGGCUGAACGUCUGAGCAAGUACUUUGAAGACACAUAUGGAAUAGGCUUGCUUGGGAAAGAAAGAGGGUACUCAGCUAUUCUGCCCGGGAGGAAAACAUUGACUCUGUGAAUAUGUGGUAGAGAAGCAAGAUAUGGACAACUUUAACUAGUACUCUCAAGGUGCGCUGUCUGUGUCUGUGCAGGCGCGAGUGUAUGGGUGUUCAAUGUGUGUAUGGUUUGGUUGCUUGUUUCUUUCUCAAUCUUGAUGGUGCUAGUAUGAAUUGUCUUUGGUGUUUGCUUAUGUUAUGGUAGUUUCUAAAGGUGCAUAAAUGCUUGGGUAAUCAAAUCUGAGGCAUGAAAUGCGGUCAUGUCAAGAAAUGUUUUUGAACCAAAUGAAGCACAUGAGCGAGGAUAAUCAGCUGCUCAUUUGGUUGAGGAACAAAGUUGCAGAAGAACAGACGAGCAAGAAACCUCUUGAAGAAGAGUCUUAUUGAAUAUUGACUGAGAAGCUGUGGAAACUGUGGAAGAGAACCAAUAAUGACGCUGAGGACGAAAAAACAUCAUGGACAAAAGAAGAGGUAUUCUGUAAUUCCAUGCAUGUCUCAAGAGUAAAACGUUCUCGUCAAACUUGUAUAUUUGGUGGAAAUGUUAAUUUGAUUAUGAUGAAAUUUGAUAAAGUUGGUUACUUUGGGUUAUAUUGUUCAUGAAUCAUGAAGACGUGGCCUACUUAAUCAGUUAUUUUUCAUAACUUUGGUGAUAUUUCUCUUUCAUGUUUUGGAAAGUGAAAUGACACUGGCCUACUUGAUGGAUUCUUUUCGUUAGUGGUAUGCUGCUGAAAAUAGGAAAUCCCAGUUAUAGCACUUGGAUCCAUAUAUCAGUUAAUUUCUUUUGCAAGGGUUAUUAUAUAUAAACCAGUGCUAUUUCUUUACACAAAUUGUGGAGGAGGUUUUCUACAUAUUCCACUUCCAUUCUGUUUCAUGGUAGAGAUGGUAAAGUCAAAACUGUGUUGACUUUGAAACUGUAUGGACAUUUACAUCUAGUCCUAUGCAGUUAGAUUGUAGAAGUCAACUGUUUGGAGUCCGAAUAUGUGUUAUUUGGCCUCGAAACCAGCUUCUAGCUUCGAUUUAAUGCGCCUCUGGUUUAUCUUGCGAGCAUGUUGUUGGUUGUGUGAAAUGACUUAAAACUUCUUAAGUGUGUCAGAUAACUGUGCUUGCUAGUUAUUUUUUCCAUGUCAGCAUGAGUAGUCUGCUUUUUGUUAAAAAUUUCGUACUUCUAGUGGAACCUCUCCAUAAUAUAGUCUUUUUGGGGGUCCAGACUAUGUCUCUACUUGUACCAAUAUUAACCACAUUGUAUAUGCAUGAUUUUAUACUUGGAUGGAUUUCCAAGAACAGUUUUUCAUAGAGUGAUCCAACAGUUAUAUGAUGUCAGAAACAAUGAGGAGAAAUUAGAGAAAGUCCAGCAGUAUGGAUGUGGAAAGGUAACAACUCAAUCCUAGUAAAUGUCUCUUCAGUGGAGGAAUGUCUAUGCACGUAACAUUCCUUGUCUGUUACUGCCCAUAAAAUUUUUCUUUUUGUUUGCUGGAGCUACACAUAUGUAGAUCAUCCCCUACUUGCCGGUGGAACAAAGACAUUCAUUUUCGUGAUCAUCUGCUGCUUAUUUCAUACUUCUGUCAUUGACUUCUAGGAGCAACUUAAAGUUCUGCAUUAGUUUAUUGACUCAUGCACUGGUCAGUGGAUUGCAAUGAAAUAAGCAGCUAAUCAUUCUGUUAUAAUUUAUUUUGCAGGCGUCGCUUUUCAGUUUUAUUUUCAACAAGUGCUGCCAAUUUUCUUACUUUUAUAAUUUGGUUUUAGGGCAGAAAGAGGCAGUCACAUUCAUUCAGUUGCAGGACAAAGAAAUGGAGGAAUUUGUUAAUAAGAGGGAAAAGCUGAUGAAGGCACAUGAAGAACGGAUGUUGGAUCUGAAGCGCCCCCCGGCAUUGGGAUGAAAAGAUGGCUCUUGAUAAGGAACUUGACGAGGAGUUGAAUAAGCUUAUGGAAGAAUACACUCCAAGUUGAUCAAAGCA